AUGACUUGAGGCAAGUCUGUACUUUGACAAGUUUUCUCGGAAGUGGGAUGGAAAAAGUUAAAAAUGUUGAUUGUUGAUGUAUCGAUAGUAAAAGUAAACAAUAUUGAAUGCAACGUAAUUAAGUUUAUUCUAAAUUAAAUAGUGCAAAGCGAUGUGAACGACUAAUGCAUAACUUGCAAUCAGGUGGUGGCUGUUUACAAGGCCAAAACAUUUAUUCUUCCAAGGAACCGCCAAUAUUUUUUCUAAUAAUGCGAUUCAAUAUCAAAAUAGCACUGAUAUUUUUAAUUUCAAUCUCAAUUUUUACAAUGUUGGUAUUAUACUCGAUAUGCAACACGGACACCAUAAAUUCACAAAACCCGAAUGAUUCUAGUGUAAAUGCAAAAGCAUUUGAGGCGCAAGGAUCAGAAGAAAUCGACUGUGAUAUAAACGGAGAAUAUGUGAUUGGUUGCAAAAAAGAAGGCAUAGAAGUCUAUAUACCUUUUUCAUUCUUGCGUAGAUAUUUUGAAGUAAAUGGUAAACUGGCUACAAAUGAUGGAAUAUCGCGCUUUGAGUGGUCGCAUAGCUAUAGCAAAAUCUACCAUCCCAAAUCCAAGUAUGAUCCAAGAGGAGUUUAUAUGUACUUUGAAAAUUAUAAUGUAGAAGUUAGGGAUAGAGUUAAAUGUGUGAGCGCUACAGAUGGAGUCCCUGUGUCCACCCAGUGGGAAAGUCAAGGGUAUUAUUAUCCUACUCAAAUAGCACAAUUUGGACUGUCGCAUUAUUCAAAGAACUUAACUGAACCUGAACCUAGAAGAAAGAUUAUUGAAGAUGGUGAGAAGGAACUAGCUAAAUGGAUUAUACCCCAAUCAGCAGCUUUGCAAAGAACAUGGAAUCACAAUGUAGACUCUGAAAUUUUAGAAUUUAAAACUAGUGAAAAUUAUAAUGAGGCAAUAAAACUAAAAUUGGAUCACGUCCUAGAUUUUGUAAUGAGACUGGAUAUAUUAUUGAAUGGAAAUAGCAGUUUAACUGUUAUUUUGCAGAACAGAGAAACAAAAGAUGCAUAUUUUUUGCAUUAUAUUUUUAGUGAUAUUCUCAUUACAUCACAGGACAGCAAUAUAUAUCAUGGUAUUGGAAGUACCAUGGAAUGGAAAAAACUUACAAGAGAUCUUAUUGUAGAUCUCCAAAAAGGUCUAAAUUACGCUAGUAAGGAUAAAUCAAAACAUAAAAUUCCACGGUCUAAAUUGAAAGUUAUCGAUAUCAUGUUGAGAGGAUCUGGUGCAAUAGAUAAUUUAACCCUUUCCUCCUCUGAGCAUAUGCAACAAUUUUACGAUGCUGCUGAAUGGUUUGUCAAAUAUCAAGAUGCAGAUACUGGGGGAUGGCCUAUACCCGUUAAGAGAAGGUUGGCAUCAGGAUUUAUGGUACUUGAAUCAGGUUGGUAUUCAGCAAUGGGUCAAGGUCACGCAAUAUCAGUUCUAGCAAGAGCAUUUUAUCAUUCUGACGGCGAUGAGAGAUAUUUGAAUGCAGCUUUAAAUGGAUUAAAACCCUUCAGGUUGCCUAGUUCGGAAGGUGGUGUUUUGGCCACUUUUUUGAAUAAAUUUCAUUGGUAUGAGGAGUAUCCCACUAAGCCGGCAUCAUAUGUAUUGAAUGGAUUCAUAUAUUCUAUAUUGGGACUUUAUGAUUUGAUGAGUAUAGCUCCGGUUGAUCAAGCACAGGAAGCAGAAUUCCUUUAUAACGAAGGCAUAACAACUCUAAAAAACAUGCUACCAUUAUUUGAUAUGGGCAGUGCAACAGUGUACGACCUUCGUCAUUUUACUUUGGGUAUUGCUCCAAAUUUGGCCAGGUGGGACUAUCACGCCACCCAUAUCAAUCAGCUUUUACUACUGGACACCAUUGAAGAGGAACCACUUUUUCAAACAACUGCAGAAAGAUGGAUAGGGUAUAUGAAUGGUAAGAGGGCAGAUCAUAAUUGAGCAGCUACAAUUUACGACUAUGAAUGGCAAUGCUUAUUAUUAUUAUUAAGAUCAAUAAUAACUGAUGUUCAUUUAGAUAACGUCAAGCGGACAUCAACCCUUUUACUGACUGCAUCCCACUGAUCUCUAAAAUUGUACGAAAAUUUGGGGUCAAUAUUCUACAAACAGUUGUGCAACGGAACAGCCUAACUCCUGCGCAGUGUCUUAUCUUUGGAACAGCUGUUCUUAUUUUGAAAUACAGUGAAACUUCUCUAACUCGAACUGCCCGAACUCGGAAUAUUCUCUAAAUCAAAUUUUCUUCACAAACAAAUAGGUUUUCACAACCUCACUAUGUAUUUUUUCUCUAUAAGUUGAAUUUCUAAUCUCUAUAACUCGAAUAUUUCUAAAACUCGAACUAAAAUUUAGUGGCAACUGUGGCGAAAACUAAGCGUAACUCGAAUUUUUCGGGGAAACAGCUGCUUCAUUUAGAGCCUUGGGGAAAUUACCGAUUCUCAGUGACCAGCGGCGACAUAUAGACUUGUCUUGGUUUAUAUAAUGUAUAUGUAACUUCUUUUCUGUAAUACAUACAUAAUAUAAAUUCAAAUUUCCUCAAUUUUGUGUAUUUUUUCCAUAAAUCGAAUUUUCCGUAACUCGAACUCCACCUCCUGUCCCUUGAAGAUUCGAGUUAGGGAAGUUUCACUGUAUCCUUCAUUUUCAUUGGCUAUAUUUUGCGCACGCACAGUAGAUGUAUCUACUGCGCACGCUCACAGCUGUCCCAGUUGUUUACAUUAUAACCUCGUAAAUUAGCAGCAUUAGAAUCGUUCUCUGUUUUCCAUUUAUUUUUGAGAUCAGUGCUGCAUCCUCAUUUGAGGGCGUUUCCUGUUUUUGUUUGAAGUCUCUUCCUGAAUUUAAAAUACAUUUAACUAAGUUUUUUGUCUUCACACGAUGUCAAUACGAAAAUAAAUACCACAUUAAGGAAUAGUGAAUCUUGAAACAUUGAACAUGUAAACUCUUUACCGAGUUCAGGAUUGAGAAUUAAAAUAAGAAAUGGUCGGUAAAUGUGUUACAUUUCAACUUGUUCCAAUUUUUUUUUUGUGCUUGAAUUUGAAAAUCUCUUCGAAGCUGUAUUUAAUUAUUUAUUGAAUCUAGUUUUGCUUCACAUGCUCUAUAUUUUUGUUGCAUUACAUAUAUAUUUAUAACUUGGGAUAGUUUUUAUGUGAAUUAAUUCUUAUUGAUAAUGCAACGAUGGCUUACUCUUUGCUUAUUUACCCCUACACUUGAUAUAAAUCCAAACUGUUAUAACAGAUUUCAAUAUAGCAACUGAGUUAAUAUAUCAAAGAAAAUUAUCCCAAGUUAUUUUUACCUUUAUAUGCUUUUUCAAUGCCUAAAAUAUUUUACCUGCUUCCUCGCAUAUCAGUGUUAGCAGUGAAUAUUAUUUCAUUGUAAUUUCCAAUUUACCAAUAAUGUUAAUUUCUCUGGAAAAUAAGACAAAUGUAUUUUGCUGAUAUAUUUAAAUCAAUUCCGCUCAAAAUACUAUAUGCAUUCCAUUUUAAUCUGUUUUUGUUAAUUUUGAUGGGGUAUUUCUUAAAUUAUUUUAUUUAUUAGAUAUGUAGUAGUUUUUAGCAUUUUUCCAUUUUUGUUAGGGUUGGCCCUUAUAUCAUAAUAUAUACAUACAUAUUAUUUUCUUGAUAUUUAUUAAAUAGAUAUUAAUUUGAUGGCAUCUAUCGCUCAUAUAGCAUAAAGAAAAAAAAAUAUAUUGGGCCUAGACUAUCCAAGAAGUCAGCACUUUGGGCCAAUAUUUGUUUUUUUUUUUAGUAGAUUCUGAUCACAAUAUUUCUUUUGAGUUGUGAUGCAGAUAGAUACAUAGAUGCUUAAAAAAUAUAAUUUAGUAUGUAUUGAACUGAGUGAAAUUGCUAUACCUAUGUUUGUCUUUUUUGUGUUAAAAACGUAUGGCAUCAAAAUUUGAAGACAGGGACCUGCAGGGGUAAGGUGGUUUUCAGGAAAACUUGAAAACAAAUAUUUUUUGACAAAUUUUCUAAUUUUCUUAGAUCAGGCAUAAUUUUUAUAUCUAUUAGGAAUUUGAAAACCCAGGAUGACGCAGAUUUUAAUUGAUAAUCCAAUAAUAACAGAACAGAGAACCGGGCACAACAAGUGUAUUUUUAAAAGAUAUUCAAAAGUAUUUAUUAAGGAAAAGCACGCUCUUUCCUUCCUCAAAAAGUAGAGCCAGGAUAAUAAUCAUCCAAAACAAUGACAAAGUACCGCAAAACGUUCCAUGGAGGAGACUAAGCCUAAACUUAAAUAUCUCAUCAACGAAUAAAUAAAGUCAAAACCACCACUUCUGAUCACGGUACCUAACUGACGUUUCCAAAAAACUAGCCCACCCCAACAAAGUUGAAUUCCUUCUAUUACACCAUUUUCCACACACAUUUUCCCGACAGAUGCAGAAGCAACAAAGCUCACUAUUGAACUUGGUUUUGGUGAACGACAAAAAAAUGAUCAAUGGGAUCUCCUAGAGCGCAGCAUUGUCCUCCUUGCCACUUCUCACGUGAAAGCAAAUAAAAUGCCAAUCCGCUCAGUCAUUGCCGAAACGAACUUUUGGAAAACCUGCUAUAAUACGAUUAAGAUUACUGGAUGCUAGCCUACCCUUGUCAUUCACACUAAAUGUAUAAUGAAGCCAUUACAAGAUAAUAUUCUCAUACAAAUCAAUCAAAUCAAGGUUUCCUCUUUGUUCUGUACUCUCUGAAAUGCAUGUAAAAACAUCAUAAUUUUUGAAUUUUACUUAAUUUUUAAAGGUUACUAGAGUGUCCUGGAUAGCAAGUGAAGUCCUAAGCCAUAUAGAAGUCAGAGUGUACUUAACUGUAUGUGUACGUGUAUUUGUUGACAUUUGGAUAAUGGUAUUUGAAUGUUGAAAUAAAUUUAACCUUGGAUGCCAUUAUAUACCUGAUUUUAUAAAAAGUAAGCAAAAAUUUGUCAAAAAAUAAUUGUGCCUCAUAUUUCUUGAAAAUCCUCAAAUUUAUAUCAAUUCCUGUAUGGUGUGAAAAUCUGACAUACAAUAUUUCCACUAAAUAUGAUAUUUGCCAACCCUAUUCAAUGUUAUAUAAUUGCCAGAUCUAGUUUAUAAUGUUUGUUAUAUGAUUGCCACAAUUGCAUGAGCCUUUAAGUUCUAAAGCUUUUAAAAAUAGUUAUUUAUCAUCGGGAAAAAACUCCUGGCAUUAAAACGUAAUUCAUGUUUUAACACCUGUCUAUAUGUAUUGGAUAUUAUGGAAAAUUAUUUAUGAUGGCAACUCUUACGUUUUGAAUAUUUCGACAAUAAAAAUCUGGACAUAUCUAAAAAUAAUAUCUUAAUAGUGAAAAACAACUUUUUGCAUUGAUUCAUUAUUUCAUCCUUGAAGACUGAAAAACCAAAAAAAAAACUAUUGCCAUUUAUAAAAAAAAUCACACUCACCAAUCACGGACCAAGUACUUUUUUCUCGCCACAUCGUAAAACGAUAACUGCUAGUCAAUCGUUUUAAGCAGAAAUAGUUCUGCUUAUACUUGAAUGUAUUGUGAUUUUUGAAAUAUGUAAAACGCUUGACAAUGUUAUUCUCCUAUACGUAUAAGAACAAAUAAAACAGAGAGUCAAUAAUAAUAUUAGUAAAGAGUAGUAGUGAGGAAAGAAAUUGACUUUUAUUGAAUAAAUUAUAGGAAUUUUUAUAUUGCGUUUAUAUAGGUAUGUUUCUACAAUAUGUAUCACUAUGGCAGGAAAUAUAGAUAGUAUAAUUCCAUUUCAAAUAAGGUUUUCCAAAGGUAAGGUGAUUGGGCAAACAAAUGCAGAGAUAAACGAAACAGCCAUAUCUAAUCAAAUAAAAUACUAUAAAGUGUGGUCCCGCUCUCAACAAAAAAUCUCAGAAACUUAAAUUCCGGAUGAGUUGUUUUUAGGAAUUCAUAGCUCUCCUAAAAUAACAUGUUCAUCCGUUUCCUUUCAAACAUUUUUGACUCGAUUUUUGAAUUUUUUCAAAUGUACUUGUUCCCUCUCUCCUUCCUCGAAAUUUCUUAUGUUUUUUUAAACGUAGCAAAGCAAAAUGUGAAUUUUUUUGAGACCAGGAGCCGAUUUUUGCUUUUCUCUAAAUUUGCUUGCCUGUUCAUUUUGUCUCGGGCUGUAUUUGCGUAGUAUUUUUACUAGGGAUGUCGCGGAUAAUAGUUAUGUCAUAACAGAUAUUUCAGACUUUGACUGGUAGCCUUAAAAUAGUAUUCUGCGAUAAUGUUGUAAUGAGCUUGCCAAUCUAGAAAAUUAUUUCUUUUACUGCCAGAUCCAUCCAGUCACUGGAUAUCUGUGACAUCUUUAAUUUUGACCUCGUGGUAAAUGUCGCAAGCGAAAUAUUGCUAGUCACAUUUACAAUAUUCCAUUUGUGUGUGUUCAUUUUAUUUGUACUUAUUGAUUAUUUUAGGUAAAUAUUUCAUUCAAUUAGGGUCAAUUUAGAUAUAGGUAGUUUAGCUUAGGCAAUUUUCUUGUUAUACUAAGUGAAAGUUUUUUAAAUGUUAAUGGAUCUAUUUUCUUAGUGUAACAGAGGUUGAGGAUUUUGUUGAUAGAUUUGUAUUACUAUUGUACAAAAAUGUAUAUAAUAAAUAUAGAUGUUAUAACAUAGUAUUACGUACUGAUAAGUGAUAAUGUUAUAUUAGAGUUAGUUUAUAGAGAAGUGCACCGAGUUAUUUUACAAAAAGGCUUUUGAAAAAUAUGUUCCUUAUCGUUUUUUUUUGCAAAUUUUUAACAGUCACAUAUGGAAUCUAAUUAAAUAACACAUUGUCUCUAAAAAAUCUGUACUGAGUGAUGUGUGCUUUUAUAUUCAAAUGGAGUAAAAUAGCACUCUAACCCAAUUCACCUUUCAAAUAUUCGUCUGCAAGGUAGUGCGAGGGGAUUCCUGAACUGAAUGGAUGAAAACCACACUUAUAAAAAGCCUUUUAUUCUCGGGUCAUUAAGGUUUGGGUUAAAUUGCUUUGGUUUCAUUUUCAAAAUUUUAAGAUGCGCCAUUACUCUGUACUGACCUUGUAGGGACACAUUUAAUACAUUUGUUUAUAAAAAUUUAGUGCCUGAAGUAACAAUUUAUUAUGUAUUCAUGAAACAGAGUAAACAAAGUUUGGAGUUUUCUACUAAUAAUUAAUUAAUCAAGAAUGCACUUUUCAAUACGCAAUUUCAAUCAUUAUAAGAGCUUACUAGUUGCCUAUAAGAAAAAAACCUUGCCAUUUCAACAUAUUUGUUCUAGAUUAAGAAAUCUUUUAUUCAAUAAGGAUAAUGCUUAAAACUUAAUGAAAAUGUAUGAGUCUAUGGUGUCAUCUAAGAUGUCCUUAUUAAAUGAAAAUAUUUAUUUUUUAUUUACAUCCUAUCUUAUGUUGUACUUAAAACUUAUUUAUUUUUUUCACCAAGUUUUGGCGCAUUCAACCUUCUUCUGGAACUACUCGAAGAAGGUUUAAUUUGUCCCUCAUUGUGAGAUGUGAGUAACUGUUAAAUAUUGAUACUUUACUGGAAAAAAAAUCCUUAAACACCCGUCCCAUUUUCGAAAUGUUACUAAAUGUAGUGCAAUUCUUUUUAUUUGUUUGUUGUUUAUUUGUUUAUCAUUAUCGAAUGAAAAUCUCAACCAAUUUCAAGAAAAAAAUAAUAUAUACCACUUUUAAGUGACUGUGACAAUAAACUUAAGACAACUUGAAUAACCUAA